ACAAUCUUCCCGAUAGACAACCAAAGAGCGGAUUUGAGACGCUAUCAAGCCAAAGAACACAAUGACAACCUCACCACGACUGAAACAGAAGAACAACGUAGAUACCUUCAAAUGAAGGAAUCCGAGAUCAAGACGCGUCCGCGUUGAUAGUAACAAACCCCGCGUCUGAUUGGCUGCAAGACCGCCGGCCCGGAAGAACAUGCUUCCCCGAGCCGAACUCGCGCUAAACCGCAAAAGGAAACAUCAUUUCCAUCGGCUUCAUCAUUAUUUGUUCUUCGAGUGUUGGGAUUUGCGCUUCAACAGUCUACGUGGGCGAGCGAUUCUGUCUUGCCAUUGUCAAUUUUCGAGUGAAAUCUUCUUUGUGAUCUCUACACCAAUUCCACAGAACAAACGAUUUUUUAAAACCCCGCCUCUUCCUAUCCGGCUCUUCCUACCGUCUCAGGGACUGAAGCUAUCCAGCUUCUACCUCCCUCAACCUUCGAGUCAACUCAAACAAAAAAAAAAAACCACUAAAAUGGCCAACCAAGACAUGUCCGCCGUCGCCCAGGAGGCGUUGGCCGACUUCACCAACCAAAUCUUCGGAGGCCUGAUUGAGCUCGUCAAGCGCCUCUACAACAAUACCUACGAAUCCUUCGCCCAGGUCAGCAUGAGACGCUGGACCCGUGUCUUCUUCGCUGUCGUCGUCUACAUCAUCAUCCGUCCGUAUAUUGAGAAACUCUUCAAGAAGAUGCAAGACCGCGAUCGUCAAAAGGAAAUCGAGAAGAAGCGCACCGAGCGCCAGGCUGCUGCGGACAAGACCGCCAACAUCUCCGCUAACGAGCUUCGUGGUGGAGGCGGUAGUGGUUCCGGAAAGGUGCUGGGUGAGGUCGAGAAUACGGAUGAUGAGAUUGACGAGGAGGAUACUGCGACUGCGACUGCGACGGGUGUGCCUGAGAUGGGCAAGAAUGCGCGCAAGAGGCAGAAGAAGUACAUGAAGAAUUUGGAAAAGGAGCAGGCUGAGAGCAACACGCAUAACCUGACCGAUGAGCAGGUUUUGGAGUUGUUGGAUUGGAGUGAGUCGGAGGAGGAGAAGAAGCACUGAGCUUCAUUCCUUUCCUUCCGUUUCCCUAUCUGUGUCUGUCCUCCUGGUCUACCUGGAUGCAUCGUGUCGGUCUAAUUAUUUGGCUGCCUUUUUACUCUUCUUCUCGAACUUGUAUGAGUGAUGUGUUAUUUGUGUUUAUAAAAUGCCUUUUGCCGACGUGUCAGUGAGGUGGAUGUUCUGUAUUAGAUAUAUAC